GGAACGACAGGGAAGAAGUCCUUCGUAUUUCUGUCGAGAGGAAGCAGGGCUUGCUGUGAGCGACAGAAGAAACACGCGCACCGCGCGCAGCAGUUUAGCAGUUUGACUUCGGUUCCUCUCGUAAAUCUUCGGCGCACAGUGAGUUACAGACGCGCGCUGCUGGGUUCAUGAAUGAAAAACUACAGAAACGCCGUAGACCCGGAGGUUUUCUCACGCUUGCUCCGCGCACCUGGGCCGAAACCUUUUGUUUGUCGUGAAUCGCCUAAAAACUUUGACAAAAACAAUCGUGUUGAGAGAGAGAGACAGACAGAGACGCCUCGCGGCUUGUUUUGAUUUCUCUGCACCGUGGGACUGUUUAAUUUCGCUUGUCGCGUGAAUGGACAAAUAAUUCUGAGAUUUUAAUGGUUUUGGAGUAUUGCUUUACAAAUCUUGGAAAGAAAACAGUUACACUUCAGCAUAACUCAGUGGCAUCGCAAUGGUAGCUUCGUGUUGCUGGUGUUGAUGGCCCAGUGCUGCCCACAGCUGUGUAAAUGAGCUCUUUCGGCCCACACUCCUCGCCCAGCUGCAUUGCCAUGUCCUCUCUCAGGAUGUUGAUGUCAUGGCGUAUACUUCUCCUGUGGGUUAUUUUAGCCCAGCUUCCCUCGGCUCGCUCGCGUCCCGCAGUGACUGAACAAGGUCACACAGUACCAUCAUCUGAGGAUGAGGAUGAUGAUGAAUCAUCGUCAGAAGAAAACAAGCCGUCAAGCAGUCAGGAGCUCUUACCAAUGGCACCUCAAUGGGCCCAACCUGAAAAGAUGGAAAAAAAGCUUCAUGCUGUACCAGCCAGCAAAACUGUGAAAUUCCGAUGUCAGGCCGAGGGAAACCCCGUUCCAAAGCUGCGCUGGCUCAAGAACGGAAAAGAGUUCAAAAGGGACCAGCGCAUUGGGGGCUACAAGCUAAGGGAACACAUGUGGACCAUAAUCAUGGAGUCUGUGGUGCCCUCAGACAAGGGCAACUACACCUGCCUCGUGGAAAAUGAACACGGAAGCAUUAAUCACACCUAUCAGCUUGAUGUAGUCGAGCGAUCUCCACACAGGCCCAUCCUGUAUGCUGGACUCCCAGCAAACCGGACCGCUGUCGUGGGUAGUGAUGUGGAUUUUGUAUGCAAGGUGUUCAGCGACCCGCAGCCCCACAUACAGUGGCUCAAACACAUCAUAGUCAACGGAAGCCAGAUCGGACCUGACGGACUCCCUUAUGUCCGAGUUCUGAAGAAUGCUGGCCUCAACACCACAGACAAGGAGAUGGAGGUGCUCCAGUUGAGGAAUGUGUCCUUUGAGGAUGCUGGGGAGUACACUUGCUUGGCGGGCAAUUCUAUCGGGCUCUCCCAUCAUUCAGCAUGGUUGACCGUCGUCAAAGCACCCACCACCCCUUCUGCAGUGCCCAGUCAGUCCUACCUGGAGGUUUUGAUCUACUGUGUUGGAUUCUUCUUCAUCUUCAUCAUGGUGGGAAUUGCCACCAUUGUCAAAGUCCGCAGUUCCACCAAAAAGAGUGAAUUCAAGGGCCAGCUGGCUGUCCAUAAGCUGGCUAAAAGCAUUCCCCUCCGCAGACAGGUGUCAGUGGAAUCCAGUUCUUCUCUGAACUCUGGUGUAAUGUUGGUCAGACCCUCAAGGCUCUCCUCCAGUGGGACCCCUAUGCUGUCAGGGGUCUCUGAGUAUGAGCUGCCCCAGGACCCGUGUUGGGAAGUGCCCAGAGACAGAUUGGUGUUAGGAAAACCUCUGGGAGAGGGAUGCUUUGGCCAAGUGGUGAUGGGUGAAGCCAUUGGACUGGACAAAGACAAGCCCAACCGUGUGAUUAAAGUAGCUGUAAAGAUGCUAAAAUCUGACGCAACUGAGAAGGACCUCUCUGACCUCAUCUCAGAGAUGGAGAUGAUGAAGAUGAUUGGAAAACACAAGAACAUCAUCAACCUGCUUGGAGCUUGUACUCAAGAUGGCCCACUUUACGUCAUUGUGGAAUACGCCUCCAAAGGAAACCUGCGGGAAUAUCUGCGGGCCCGCCGGCCACAUGGCAUGGAGUAUUGUUACAAUCCCAACCAGGUGCCUGUGGAGAGCAUGUCCAUUAAAGACCUGGUCUCCUGUGCCUACCAAGUGGCUCGUGGCAUGGAAUAUCUGGCAUCCAGAAAGUGUAUCCAUAGAGACUUGGCAGCACGCAAUGUACUUGUAACAGAUGACAAUGUAAUGAAGAUAGCAGACUUCGGUCUUGCCCGGGACGUUCAUCACAUUGAUUACUACAAGAAAACCACGAAUGGUCGACUCCCUGUGAAAUGGAUGGCACCUGAAGCUUUGUUUGACAGAGUUUACACACACCAAAGUGAUGUGUGGUCUUUUGGGGUUCUUCUCUGGGAGAUAUUUACUUUAGGAGGUUCACCUUAUCCAGGAGUGCCUGUGGAGGAGCUCUUCAAGCUAUUGCGGGAAGGUCAUCGCAUGGACAGACCCUCAGCUUGCACUCAUGAGCUGUACCUGAUGAUGAAAGACUGCUGGCACGCGGUUCCCACACAAAGACCGACUUUUAGGCAGCUGGUUGAAGAUCUUGAUCGUACGUUGUCCAUGAUGUCCAAUCAGGAGUAUUUGGACCUUUCUGUGCCUCCAGACCUUGUAUACUCUGAAGUCAUCCUAAACGAAAGAAACUCCACCUGUUCUUCUGAACCAGACUCGGUCUUCAUACAGGUGUCUGGACCCGAAGAACCCUGCAUCCCCCCGCCAGUUCUCCCUCAACACAACGUUCGAUCCUUCAAGAAACGCUGACUGUAGAGAAUACCUGGACAUCUGAUGUCACAUUGUCUUUCUAAUUCCUUUUGCUCAGAGACUGAAGAGUUCAGCCUGUGCCAUCAUAAAACCAUAUGCAGGAAGAGACAUUUUAUACCUGCAGAAUGUGAAAAUGAAGACGAGGAGUCUCGGGUGGCUCUCAAGAGAUGGCUGACGUUUAUUGAACUUUUGUCACCGUUUCUGCCCGAUAUGCUUCAAAAGGCCUUGGUCCUCACAAAAAGAUGUUUCAAAAACAUCAUAAAGGGUUUUCUUUAGUCGAUAUGGCACAGAAAUAAUUACAAUUGUUACCCAGUGGAGUGGACUGACUGUACAAAUAUGAAAUUAUAUAAACACUAUUGUUUUAUGUUACUAUUAUAAUUAUUAUUAUUUUGUAUUUAGCUCGCUCAUUCCCUUUUAUGUUAGUAAAACAUAAAUAGUAAUACACACUAACCAGGUGUAAGGUGACAACAAGAAGCAACACAGCUAUCUAUUCCAUGUUAUCCCUUCUAUGAGUUUGUCAAAAUUGGUCAGGACCACCAAAAUUUUUGACUGAUGGAUGGCUUCCUUUCUUCUCACCUUAAUCCACGGAUUUGUUAUGAUCGACUGUGCUGUGUUGCAAAGCAUUUUUCUUGUGGAAAUACUCUGUCGUCUGGUUAAGAAACACUGUAACACAGAUUCGUGGGGUACAGUUGCUUUACCUUUAAAUAAGCUACAAAUGAAUGAUGUUAUCAUUGCUUGCUGUUGCGGAUGUAGCAUUCAAAUACCAUUUUCUUUGUGGUUUGAAACACUAAAUUCCAGUAGUGUGAAUUAAUGUUUGAUAACAAAUGUUACCUGGGUAGGAUGAAAUUGUUGUAAUACAUAUAUAUAUAUUUAAUGUCAGUUGGGGGGUUUGACAAUCUCUUAGUACGUUCUGACAGAUUUUGCCCAUAUCAUGUUGUUGGGGCUAGUGUCAAACCAUAGCAUAUCUUUGCCUUUACCAUAUUCUGCUUAAUGGCAGGGUUUAUGUGAGGUUUAAAAAGGAUGACUGGUAACCUGUUGUGAUGCGGCCCACAGGACAAAAUACUGUAGUAUACUUUAGUAUUUAUUAUAGUAAAUAGUAGUAUAUUAUAGUAGUAUUCUGUAGUAUUAAACACUAUUAAGAUUCAAAAACAUUAUAUAUUAUAUCUAGAAUAUUACUACAGUUUAGUAUACUAAAUACUAUAGUAUCCUACCCUUUUUUUAAUGUGGGAGGGCAUAUACUGUAGUAGUAUUUACUAUAGUAAACUGUAAUAAAAUCACUAGAUGAUAUUGUGUUUUUGAACCUUAACAUAAUAUUAAAGUACUACAGUUUAUAAAGUUAAUACUACAGAAUACAUAGUAUACUAAAAUUUAGUACAGUUUACUAAAGUACUGCAGUAUUUUUUCAUGGGUUAAUGCUUGAGUGAUUGUAUGAUUGUGUAUAGAUGUGAAUUCGAGGCAGUGCACUUAUAUUCAGGCCGUCAAUAAGCUUAUUGAUAUUGCCUUUCUUGUGGGAAAAUAAAAAAGUUAUAUAUAAAAUUU